AUGACCAGACAAGCACUCCGAGAUAUCAAGGCUCUGUUAACUAUACAAGGUACGAGUAAAGAUCAUUUCUUCCUUAUUUUGCAGUUCCCUCAUCAGAUGAAUGAUAGGCGGUCCAUUUCGAUAAUCAAUCGCUUCAAAUUCUGUGCAACAGUUGGUGAAACAGAGGAGCGUGGAUUUCCGGGGAUGAUUGGGAGCAUCGACUGUAUGCAUUGGGAGUGGAAGAACUGUCUCGUCUCUUGGAAGGGCCAAUAUACCCGUGCCUCAGGAAAACCGACAAUUGUUUUAGAGGCUGUAGCUUCAUAUGAUCUUUGGAUCUGGCACGCGUUUUUCGGACUUCCAGAUUGUUUAUUCGCUUCAUAUCAAGAACAUUACCGAAAAGAUGUGGAGCGUGCUUUCGGAGUCUUGCAAGCUCGAUUCGCCAUUGUCAAAAACCCGGCUCUUUCAUGGGAUAAGAAUUCCAACAACAAACAGGAGACAGUAAUGCACAAGUGGAGUAUAAUGAUGUCACUAGAGGAGUGCCUAUAG